AUGGCGUGGACCGACACAAUCAACAACAAGGUCGCGCGCAGCCGUGCUGGCCGCUGGUUUAAGCUUGAUGGCUGCGGUCAUCCGAGGGAGCGAAAGGGCUCCAAGUUCUUGACCGAACUACGUGCUGGCCUCGUCACCUUCUUCGCCAUGGCCUACAUUCUCGCCGUCAACUCGUCUAUUGUCUCGGACUCGGGCGGCACCUGUGUCUGCAACAGCACACCCGACGACCCCAUCUGUGUUGAGAACACCGAGUACCUCCUGUGCAAGACGGAGAUUAGGCGGGACCUUGUCACCGCCACCGCUGCCAUCUCUGCUCUGAGCACCUUCUCCAUCUUCAUCGAGGGCUUCAUCUUCAUCGCUCAGGCCGAAAAACGGCUACCGCCUAAGGCUCGCCCCAUGCUAUACCUAGAUCAAUCAAGGUUGGAACUGGAGACGGCUACAUCCUCAUCAACACGAAUGAUCCUCCUGAUCGGCCUCGCGACGGGUGGCCGUCUCGUCCCCCACAACAAGGACCAGAAGGACCCCUGGACCUGGCACAUUCCUGGCGGUCUCCUGCCUGGCUGGAUCGUCCGUCUGUUCAAGGGCAAGAAGGACUUCUGGCGCCCCUACCCUGGCGACGACGAGUCCAACACGGCUCCCGCCGCAGUUGCUGCGCCCGCUGAUGAACCCGUUGCUCCAUUCAAGGGAGCGCAAUACGAGGACCGCACAACGAGCUCGGAGCAUGGCGGAUCGAUCCUGAUGGGUGAGGAGAAGAGGGUUGGCGAGACGCCUGCGCCGGCACAGCCGCAGCCCCAUAUUGUCCAGCAGGACAAGGUUGAUCGUGAGAAGAGCGCCUAA